GUGAAUGAAGUCAGCCCUCUCUCUCUCUUUCUCUCUCUCUGCUCCUCUCUCUUCCUGCAUGGACCUUCAUGGGGGCUUCAGACGAGAUGAUAUCCGAGGAAGACGGGAAUGAGCGACGCGACCUCACCUUUCCAUCCCAUUGCUCAUCUCUUUAAGUGGAUUUUCUUAUUAAUAACACCUGAUCACUUUUAAUCUCUCUGUCUCUCUCUCUCUCUCUCUGACCUUCAGCUACAGUUCUACCGGUAUGGCAUCCAUACUCCAUCCUGUCCUGUUCUUUCUACUUCCAUUACUUCAUGUUCAAUCAAGCGUCCAACAGAAGUGCCAGUGGCCUUUGCAGCGUGUGCCUGUGGUCCUUCCUCAGCAGAUCGAGGAGCGGCCGCCCCCUCAUUUCAUUGGCCCAGCUCAUCUGGAAGUGACCUCUUCCUGUGGUCCUGAGUGUCACAAGGAAGCCCCAACACCCAGCUACUGGGACCUGCGACAGUUCCUGUCUUACGAGACGCUCCACUCAAAUGGUCAGCUGACCGAGACAACUGUAGGAAUCUACAGCUUCAACCCAAAAACGCUGAAGAGUCCUGCCCCUGAGCAGCAACAUUCCAGAGCCAAACGCCAGAUCUUUGGCCAUGAUGGUCGUUUCAGCAUUGUGGGUCAGGACUUCCUGCUGAACUACCCUUUUUCAACUGCUGUGAAGCUGUCCACCGGGUGCUCAGGCACACUAGUGGGUAACCAGCAUGUUCUCACUGCAGCGCACUGCAUCCAUGAUGGAAAGAAUUACGUAAAAGGUGCACAGAGGUUGCGUGUCGGUUUUCUGAAAACACGGCAAAAGGACCCACCAUCUAACAGCACUGACAACAAGAUGAAGUUUCAGUGGAUCAGAGUCAAGCGCACCCAUGUACCCAAGGGCUGGAUAAAGGGCAAUGCAAAUGAUAUUGGCAUGGACUAUGAUUACGCCCUCUUGGAACUCAAGAAGACUCACAAGCGCAAACACAUGAAGUUGGGAGUAAGUCCUUCUGCCCAGCAACUACCUGGUAAGCGAGUGCAGUUCUCCGGCUUUGACAACGAUCGACCAGGCCAGCUAGUCUACCGCUUCUGCAAAGCUGGGGACGAAACUUAUGACCUUCUGUAUCAGCAUUGCGACGCUCAGCCUGGCGCUAGCGGCUCUGGUGUUUACGCCCGGAUGUGGGACCGCAGGCACCGCCGCUGGGAGCGAAAGGUGAUCGGCAUCUUUUCGGGACACCAGUGGGUCGACCUCAACGGUGCCCCACAGGAGUUUAACGUAGCAGUUCGCAUCACUCCUCUUAAAUAUGCGCAGAUCUGCUACUGGAUCAAAGGGAAUUAUGUGGACUGCAGAGAAGGCUGAACUUAAGCUUCAGUAUUAUCCUUACCUUCAAGUAAAGUUCUGUUCACCCCCGAGAGUCAUUCAAACAAAGUUUAAACACCCAUGAAACACUGGCAUGUAAACACUGAAUGAACUUAACACCCCCAUUCACACACUGUAAAUAUCCACAAAUUACAAUCAUUUCUAGAAACUUAUCUGCAGUUACUUAACCAAAUAAUUUUGCACAGUCUUUAGUUUCAGCCUUUACAAUAGUAUAGCUCUAAUUCAGGACUGACCUUUUGAUAAGUCUACAAAACUGUGGUUAAAUGUUCAACUGGAGCAAACAGUCCUGAAUAGAUGGAAAGAACAUGGAAGCAGCAGAACGGACUUGACGUCACCAAAGAUGGUUUUUAUUGCCUGUGGACUUCUCCAGUACAAAGCACUGUCGGCUUUACGCCUUUGUGAACGUCUUCAUUGUUUGUGAACGUACCCCUGUUUAACCAAAGGCUUUUUUUUUUACUUAACAAAGCUAUCCAAGUCAAACAGAGACCUUUGACUACGAUAUGAACUUAGUCUAUGGUUUAUAUUCUGGUAGCGACCCCUGGUGGUCAGCCAUUACAUCAGAUUGCCACAAGACCAAAGUUUCAAAGUGUUGGUGGAUGGUGCCUCUUUACACUAAUUACAGAACUUUUUUUUUUUAAUUAAAUAAGCUCUUGGAGAUGCAGAUGUUUUAUGUCAUAUCAAUGUCAGCACCGAAAGCACUUUGAUUUUUUUUUUAAAUACUGAUUUCUUUAGUCAUUAACAGCUUUGUAUGAUAAUUCAUUCUGUACUAUACAAAUGUCUAUUAAAUACUUUUGAAAAUA